AACGCUUUCUUGGACAAUGUGCCCCACCAUUACCUAUUCUAUUGGUAGCAUUUCUCGACUGCUUUCCCUUCUGUAACAUUUCUCUUCUCUUCUCUUCCGACUGACAAAUCCCAAAUGGGUGGCUGUUUCAGCAAGAAGAAAGCCUCCUCCUCUCAUCACAACUCUCAGCCUCAGGCUGCUGCGCUUCCUAUUUCUUCAGCACUAGCACCAUUAGCGGCGGAGACCAGCUUAAAAACGGGAAGUGAGCCCAAGAUUUACAAGGUAGAUGAAGAAGAACAAGUUGAGAAUGCAAGCCAACAAGAAGAGAGCUUCGUGAAGAAGGAGAUAUUCGUCAUAAAACACAGAAAGAGCCAUGACAGAGACAGACGCUCCCCUCCUCCGCAAAACGCGCCACAUUCAGCCGAAAACGAGUCUGCUUCCUCUGCCUCCGCCUCCGCCUCUGCCGAAGGAGGCAUCUGCAACAUCAAUACUGCGGUGAGGACGUCCAGCUGCACUAAAGAGGAAGUAGAUGCCAUUUUGAUACAGUGCGGAAGGCUUAGCAGAAGCAACUCCUCCGGAAAGACCCUUUCUUCUUCCAAGAAGUACUCCGGUUCCAAGCGAAGUUACGAUUUUGAUAACGAAAACGACAAUGAUAUUGGCGUUGCCUCUACUGAUUAUGGUUCGAGGAAGAAAGGGAAUGAUGGUUUAUGCGAAGAUGACCGCCCACGCCACCGGCAAUCAAGUAGGUCUUCUUCUCAAGGAAGGAGGAGGACUCCCAGCAGAGAAAGAGAGCCGCACCAGCAACGCUCCGGAAGUAGAGAAAGAGGUAGCAGCAGCGGAGGAAGACGAGUAAGCCGAUCCCCGGGAAGAAGAUCAGAAAACACUCACGCCACCCUUGUUAGCAAUGGUGCAAAUAAUGCCACUAAUAGGCCUGGAAAGAUUGUCUCUGUUCCAGCAACUGUUUCGUCAUUGGUAAUUGAUAAGAGCAGCAAUGGUUUAGAAGCUGCCACAACUACUACUGCCAAUUCCAUCAAAAGGAUCUCUGUGAAGAGGAAUGUUGGAGUUGGAGAGGCGGCUGUAGGUGUAGGCUCAAGGACCGCUGCUUCACCUCGCUCUCAAUCCCCUGCAAGGACAAAUCCAAAUGCUAAUAAUGUGAAAGGCUGCAAUGAGAAUCAGCAACAGAAUCAGCAACAGCCAACACUUAGUCGCAGCUCCUCAAGGAAAGCAGAGCAUUCGCCUUAUAGAAGAAACCCAUUGAGUGAGAUUGAUCCCAACUCGCUUGCAUAUCCACAAUCGGCCGCCAACAAGAAUUCCUGCUGCAUCAACAAGGGACAAGGAGGGAUGAAGGAAUCCACCAAUGUAAUUACUCAGAAAUCGAAUGUUGUUCAAGGUAGUAAUCAUAAAGCAGGCAGCAUUGGUACAGUGGAUAACAUGGUUGUAAAUGUGAAUACUACAACAAUGGAGCCAAGGAUGGCUGAAGAGGUGAAGACACAACCAUCAAACGCUGGAGCUGAAAUUCUGAAACCUCAAUCAUUGACGAGAAGCAGAUCCUCUAGGCGAUCACGGGACCUGGACCUGAAUCCAGAAACUUUGUCAAAUCCUAUCCCAUCGUCAUAUACCACGCUAUUGCUUGAAGACAUCCAAAAUUUUCACCAAACCAACAAUCCCCCUUCAUUCUCACUGCCACCAUGCGUCAGCAAGGCCUGCUCCAUCCUGGAAGCAGUUGCUGACCUCAACUCCACUACAAGCUCCAACCUCUCUAAUGCAUUCUCUGAGGAUAGAAAAGGUUUGUCGACAGAUGAGUCAAACAAGAAUCGCUACAACAUCACUGUUGGGAGGAAAAUGACAGAAACCAGAGAUCCUUUUGUUGAAUCUGAGGUAAUUGGCAGUGAUGAUCUGAUGGAGCCAAGUUUUCACAAGUAUGUGACAGUGAGGAGAGGUGGCGUGGAUACGGAGGAGCAAGAAUCAUCAGGCAGCAACAGCUUUGUGGGCAAUGGGCAGCAGCAUUGGGGCUUUUCUUCGUCCUCAUGGGAACCCAAUUCAGCUGAUUCAACGGAUCGCUGGACUUCAAGGACAAAAGGUAGAGAAGAGGAUUACAGUGUUCCCCUUGGACUCCAGAGGCGUGCCCUGGCUGAAUCAGGCAGUGACAUAAAAAAUAGUACUAGAAAAGGAUUGACCGGAAGCAGGCAAUCUGAUAACCAACACGCAGGUGGCAAGACUCGGGCUGGUACAGGUCUUCACUCAAUUCCUUUUGCUGCUGCAGCGGCUUCAACAUAAAAACCACGAUUACGUUUUUACCCUUUCAAGUUGUAGUUUUCAGUUCCGAACUUUCUUUGUAUUGGUUGCAUAUCUACAACCACUUUUACUGCUCUAAUUAUUUGAAUCCAUGCAUCUUUGAAGUUUGCUCUUAUUUUCACACAACCAAUCCGAAUCCUUUCUUCAUUUAAAUUGUAACUUGAAAAUAAAAAAUACAUUAGCAUAAUAUAU